GUUCGAGCUUUUAGCAGAGUUGUGCCACGUUCGGAGGUCGACAAUUGGUGAAGGAGAAGGACCUUGACAAGCAAAAAUCGCUCAACAAACAGGUUUCGUGAGAUUUGUGACCGUCAGUUGACCGUUCGCGUGUUUUUUGAUCGAGAUUUCGAUUUGCAGGGUCUUGUAUCUCGUGAGGCAGCACCAUGAUUCUUCCUAAGUCUUUAUUGCUCGUGGGAAGGAGGUCUUUCAGCACCUCUCGGACAGCCCCUGCACAGUUGAUGACUGUUCGAGACGCCCUGAACUCAGCUUUAGAUGAGGAAAUGGAGCGUGAUGAGAGAGUUUUCUUACUCGGAGAAGAAGUCGCCCAGUAUGAUGGAGCAUACAAAGUAUCCCGAGGCUUGUGGAAGAAGUACGGAGACAAGCGUGUCAUUGACACCCCUAUCACAGAAAUUGGUUUUGCUGGUAUCGCAGUUGGUGCUGCCAUGGCUGGACUAAGACCCAUUUGCGAGUUCAUGACCUUCAAUUUCUCGAUGCAAGCUAUCGACCAUGUCAUCAAUUCUGCAGCCAAAACUUUUUACAUGUCCGCAGGAUUGAUUAAUGUACCAAUUGUGUUCCGUGGUCCAAAUGGUGCAGCAGCUGGUGUAGCAGCACAACAUUCCCAGUGUUUUGGUGCAUGGUACAGCCAUUGUCCAGGACUCAAGGUCAUCUCUCCUUACAACUCGGAAGAUUGUAAAGGCUUGUUGAAAGCUGCCAUCAGGGACCCUGAUCCUGUUGUGUUCCUAGAAAAUGAACUUUUGUAUGGUUCACAAUAUCCUAUUUCUGACGAAGCUCUAUCGAAAGACUUUGUUCUACCCAUCGGCAAAGCUAAAAUUGAGAGACCAGGUCAACAUAUCACAAUUGUUGCUCACUCAAAGGCUGUCGAAACGUCGCUUGAAGCUGCUCAGACACUAGCAGGAAAAGGAAUUGAAGCUGAAGUCAUAAAUCUACGAUCUCUGCGACCCCUAGAUGAAGAGACCAUUUUGAAAUCUGUGGUGAAAACGAAUCACAUCAUUAGCGUUGAACAAGGGUGGCCUCAGUGUGGUAUCGGAGCAGAAAUUUCAGCUAGGAUAAUGGAAAGUGAGGCUUUCUAUCAUUUAGAUUCACCGUUAAUCCGAGUCACCGGUGCUGAUAUUCCUAUGCCCUACACAAAGAGCCUGGAAAUUGCUGCCCUUCCGCAAGCAGAUGAUGUUGUAACUGUUGUCCAAAAGGUCUUGGGUGUGAAAUGAUGAGCUUGAAUGCGGAACCUUACAUAAAUAAGUUUAAGUUAAUGAAAUGGCAUUGUGCUCCUUUUUAAAUUGCUAUCAAUUAAUAACCAAGUGGAAGAGCAAUAACUGAAUACCUAAUGUUGGAGUCUCUAAUGAAUGGAGGAGGUAAGUAAUGUCUCUGGAAAAAUUGAGAUAUCAGUGGUCUCAUGGGAAACCUGUUUCAAAGUAAACUUCGCACAAAAUGGACCUCGGAAACGAAUUUUUCAGUUCCAUAAAAUAGAUUUUAACUGGGUCUUUAAGUCUCAGUGCUCCUUAUCUCCUACUAAUUUUUUUUUGUAACCACAAAAAUUUUACUUAUCUUCUUCAUUCAUGGCAGGCUUCAAAUGUCUUUUUAUGAUGACUGAUUUCCACCAUAUUGCAGCUUCAUUUUUCUCUGAAUAAGUUAAAAGUCCUUAUUAAAGACAUAGUACUGCCUAAUAUAUCUGGACCGGAUCUGCAGAGAGGGAAUGUAUCUUCCGGGAGAAAAUUUUCCUUAACGUUCGUAAACUUAAACCUUACUUUUCUACAACCUAAGAAUUUUUGUCAUUGGACUUCAGUAUCUCUUUCAAUUUUUGAGAUUAUAGGGUCAUAUUCGGGCAAACAUUUCCAGAUUUUCCUCCUCCAUGUAUUAGCAAAAAGUUAAGGAAAAAGUUCUCGGGGAAUAUGUUAUCCCUUUCCACAACCUGGUCACAGUUGUGUAAUGAACAAUAGGUCAGCUGUGUUAGACACAAAAUGGUCAAAACAUUAUUACAUGACUUGCACAGCUGACUCAUUGAUUGGAGUUUUCUUUCGUGUAUUCUUUUAAAAAGAAUAGAAAAGUGUUCAAAAUUAUGUAAGCGGAACAGCGCACAUUAUAGGGGUCUAGAUAAUAAACUUUUCGAUUUUGUAACUUAUGUACAAUAGCUUUCAUUGGAUAGCAAUUUUCCAAAAAAUUUCUUAACAGUAAGGCCUCCAGUGCCAACCUUUCAUGCUCUUUAAAAGAAGCAGUUCAUGGUUUUCGACAAUAAAAAAUUGAAAAUAUUUAGGUCUCUAAUUAAAGAAAACAAGCUUUGACUGUAAGAGCUGUUCGCAACAAAUCAUGGAUUUUGGAAGUAGGACUGUCUAUAACCACUAUUGUCACAAUUUUUUUUAUUUGUCAUAACUUUUCCCUUUCAAUUUAUUGUUUCUUAAUUUAUUCAACCUAGUCUCAGGUGUAAUUUUAGUUUACAUGUGUUAACUGAACGCAUCCCUGCAGUGGGUUUGCUUAUAUUUACCAUUCAAUGUUUGUGUAAGGCAUAUGAUGCUCUGUUUUGUCUGUUUUUUUUUUUACACUUUAUUUCCAAAA